AUGUCUCUGGUCGCCGGCUCCUUUGUGGCACUGGAUUAUGUAGUGUUUGCUCUCAUGCUUGUGGCUUCCGCUGCCGUCGGGGUCUACUUCGCAUGGACUGACAGGAGACGGACAAGCUCUGGGGACUUCUUAACGGGGGGUCGCAGGAUGACCGCCCUGCCCGUCUCCUUGUCCCUGACUGCCAGCUUCAUGUCAGCCAUCACAGUCCUGUCCACCCCAGCCGAGGUGUACCUCUACGGAGCCAGCAUUGGAGUCUAUGCUUUUGCUGAUGUGCUGACGAUGGUGAUCACCUCCGAGGUCUUUCUGCCCAUCUUCUACAAGCUGAGCAUCACCAGCACAUACGAGUAUCUGGAGAUGCGUUUCAGCAGAGUGACCCGCCUGCUCGGAACCGUCCUCUUCAUUGUCCAGACGAUCCUUUACACUGGGAUUGUGAUUUACGCUCCAGCUCUUGCUUUGAACCACGUGACUGGUAUAGACCUGUGGGGGGCUGUCAUCUCAACAGGUGUGGUCUGUACCUUUUACUGCACGAUGGGCGGUCUAAAGGCGGUGGUGUGGACAGAUGUCAUUCAGCUUUGUGUCAUGUUAAUAGGUUUCCUGGCCAUCAUCGUCCGAUCUGUGCUCUUACAAGGCGGAGUGGUCGCCAUCAUUUCAGACUGUCAAGAUGGAGGAAGACUAAAUUUUUGGGACUUUGACACGAACCCUCUAAGGAGACACACCUUCUGGACCUUAACUAUCGGAGGGACAUUUAUUUGGGUCAGUGUCUAUGGGAUCAACCAAGCUCAGGUUCAAAGAUACAUCUCCUGCAAGAGCCUGACUCAUGCCAGACUUUCUAUAUACAUCAACUUGCUAGGUCUGUGGUCCGUCUUGUUGAGCUCAGUGUUUGCAGGAAUGUGUCUGUACUCGGUCUAUAAAAACUGUGACCCGUGGAGUACCGGACUUAUUUCUGCUCUUGAUCAGCUGAUGCCAUAUUUGGUGAUGGACAUCUUAGGAGACUACCCCGGUCUCCCUGGCCUGUUUGUUGCAGCAGCAUACAGUGGAUCCCUAAGCACGGUGUCUUCCAGCAUCAAUGCUCUGGCUGCAGUGACAGUAGAGGAUCUGAUCAGACCGUACACCAGCCUGUCUGAAAAACACCUGUCCUGUAUCUCAAAGGGAAUGACUUUUUUCUAUGGAGUUUUGUGCAUCGGAAUGGCUGGACUGGCCUCGUUCAUGGGAGGGAUCUUGCAGGCAGCCGUCAGCAUUUUUGGUAUAAUUGGAGGUCCUUUACUUGGUUUGUUUGCACUGGGCAUCCUGUGUCCGUGUGCCAACUCCAAAGGAGCCGUUUCAGGGCUCGUGUCAGGGCUGGUAGUUUCCCUUUGGGUGGGCAUCGGAGCCCAUAUUUACCCCCCACCCCCCGAGUUGAGUCGGCCUCUGCCGCUGAACACUGACGGCUGUAACUUCACCACAACGAGCACCUUGAACUGGACCUCCACGGCUCUGCCAACCCAACCAAACUCCACCCUUAACAUUCCCAUCCAUGAUGGUGGCAGGCCCAUGUUGGAAGACCUCUACUCUCUGUCCUACCUUUACUUCGGUCCAGUUGGAACCAUGAUAACCAUCAGUGUGGGACUGGUGGUCAGCGUGUUAACGGGAGGCUGUAAGCUGAAAGUGGAACCGAGGCUCUUAUUAAAGAAGGAGGACACAACGUUUUAUUAUUUCAUCAAGUUAUUUAAAUGCAGGGUGGAAAAACGAAGCGGACAGCUCGACUUAAAGAAGGACAGAGAGAAGAAAUUUGGCAACAGCAAUCCUGCAUUCAGCGACUUCGAGCUAACAAAAAGCAGCGUCACUCUGUGA